AUGCACCGCCCGAUGCGGCUUAGUCUCGUACUUCUGCUGCAGGUGAUCUGUGCCUGCACAAAGGCUGUGACGCCCCACUUCAAAUGGGGCCAGACGAAGGAGCAGCUCUUCAUAUCGGUCAUGGUGCGAGACCUUGCGCCAGACUCUGUGUCCGUUCAAGUUUCAGAUGAUGGAGAUUUCAGCUUCACAGCUGCUGGCAAGGGCGGUGAGCAGCAUGUCCUCGAGUUUCCUUUCCGGGAAGAUGUUUCGAAGGAGACAUUGAGUUGGGAAAUCCUCGCACGUCCGGACAAGUGGGGCGUCGUCACUCUCAUCACGCUAGGCAAAGCACACGGACACCGGUGGGACUUGUUGACGAGCGACGUCAAGAAGUACAAGGGCCUUAUAGACAAGGACUGGACUCGGGAAGACCAAAGCCUAGAGCCUGCCGACGAGAAAACGACCUUCGACGAUGCCGAGAAUGUCAUCGUCUUGCAUGACAAGACUUUCAAUAAGACUGUCUCCAAGCAUCCGAUUACGGUCGUCGCCGUGAGGUUUCCGUGGUGCACAGACUGCAAAGUCGCCGAUCAGACCUUUGUCAAAGCGGCGAGCCUUGCCAAGGCGCGUGGUCGGAAGAAGCAAACCCAGGACUGGAAGAAGGUGGCGUUCGCCUAUGUCGAUGCCCGCAGCAACAAGAAGCUGGGGAAGAGACUAGGCGCCGCGUGCAGCUACACCUGUGAGUUUGUGGUGUUCAAUGGGGCAGCCGAUGAGGCGCCCGUGAAGCUGAAAUUCCGCUACGAAGAGAUUGCGCUGCUGGACGAUGUGGCAAAGUUCCUACGACCAGCUGUUCUUGAAGUGAAGUCCGCGGAGGAGAUCAGCAAGUUUAAGGCGGCCAAUGCCACCGUAGUGGGCUUCUUCAAGUCUCAGGACGAGAAGGAGUACCGGACGUUCAAGAGCGUCGCGAAUCUGAUGCGAGACGAACUAGUCUUCGCGGCGCAGUUCGGGGAGCGGAGGGGCCACGUGGAACUUUGGGCCCUGGGUUCCCCCGAAACAGCGCUGACGCUGCCGCUCACGGAGUUCCAGGCGAAUCACAGCAUUUUGGAGAUGUGGCUCAGGCGCCGAUCACUCCAGCCCCUGCAGGAGUACGACUGGCAAAUGCGAGACACCUACGAGAAGGUCGAGCUUCCCAUUGCCCGGCUCUACUACGACGACAAGAGCGGCGACAGCGAGCUGAAUGCGAAGGUUAGUGCUGCGGUCGAGGCUGUUGCAAAAAAGAUGCUGGGCAAGAUCGCCUUCGUUCGUCAGAAGAGCUCCACGGAAGGGCUAUGCUACGAGGCCGAGGAGAAGGGGGACCGGGAAGCUGCACAUUUGUGGAGGCAGCACGCCAUUAAGCGUGGCCAGAUCGCGGACGACAAGGAGGUUGUCACUCUUGGGCAGAAGCUGGAUGCAGGAACCUUCGAGGUUGCAACUUCGACCAAGAGCCAGGUGCAGUGCAAGGCUCAUGAUGUGCGGGACACCGUCUACAAGGCACGGACUCUGAAGCACUUCUCGCAGACACUGGAACCGUUGAUGGGAGGCAGUGACAACACACCAGAGCAGUUCUACUUGCACCCUACGCUUCAGUCCGAAGAAGGCAGUCCUGGCACUCACAUCUCCAUCAUGCUUCCAGACGCUCUGGAAGUACUGGACGACCUCGUCUCUGUGCGGAGCCCUUCAAGACCUUGCGACUCAGGUUCGCCCAUCUUUGGCUGUACUGCAGGCAAGUUUCUUGGAGUCCACUUCCUACACUUGGGGAGUGGUUCAAGCCACUUCUUCCAAGCUCUGGGGUCGGCAGAUCUCGGCUUCGCGGUGGCCACGCUCCCACGCUUGGCCGCUGAUGUGGCUCCCGCGUCUCGGGGAUUGCCACAGCAGGCCCCGCUUCCGCGGCUGGCCGCUGAGGGGUCCGAUGAGGGCAGCAGCCUUUUCAGUUCGUUUAGCUUUUUCGCGGCCGCUCUUGGCGCUGGGGCUCUAGGUCUUUCAGCUCGGAGACGGCUCGCCCGGAGGACGCCAACUGCGCGGGCAGUUCGGCGGCACACACAGCAGGUUGUUGCGCAGCAGUCGGAGCCGGUCGUGCUGACUCAGGAGGAGGAGCUCCGACUUAGCCAAGGACAGGCUGUUCAGAGGCAGCAGGUCCACGGCAGGAAAGGAACAGGUACAGUUGUGAUUGAUGUGGAUGCUCCGUGGUUUGUAGCCCUUGACAGGCUACGAUCGUUUCAGGAAUAUCCGCAGAUGAUCCCAGUAAUUCGGCACGCGGACGUGCGGUCCAAAAGCUACAACCGAGGCCACUAUCACGUUGAAGCGGACUAUAAAGUGUCCAGGUUCUGGCUCAACAUUUCGGUCGUCCACCAAGUGGACGUUGCCGCAAAGACCGUGGCCUUCAAUCUUCACCCGUCUUGCGGGAAGCUGGUGCUCAAAGAGGCUGUCGGCCUCUGGACAGUGACCCAGGCAGCCGACGACCCAAACCGGUGUCGUGUGAGCUUGCAGGUCACACUGAGGGCCUCCUCCUUGCUUCCGGCGUGGCUUGUAGAUUACGCUUCGCAGCGUGCACUAGGCCGGGCCACGUUCUGGUUGAAGCCACAUGUGGAGAGCGUGUGGAAGGAGCAGCUGAAGCGCGGCCUCACCCAAGAAGUGGGGGACGAGCUGCCGGACAGGCAGUGGCAGUACUCGCUGGCAUGA